GAUCUGUCAGUGCCACUAACCCAGUUUGAUUCCUACUUUGCUGUUGCUGUAUGCUUCAUAAUAAAAAAACGAGUGAUAACAUACCCAACAAGUAUUUGCAGGCCUUUCACCUCACCAAUUGACUAACCCAAACCUGUUAUCGUCAAUUGCAUCAUAGCAGCAAUUACUUACCACAACUUGAGAUGAGAAUCUCUUCAAGUUAACAAUAAGUGAGAGUGGAGUUAUUUUACACUCUUACUAUUAUCCACUAUUUUACACAAAAGUUUCCAGUUUAUUCGUUCUCGGAUUCAGAAGCGACCAUUCGUCAUGUCCGCAGCGUAUUUAGGAGACACGGACAGCGAAGACGAAGUCCCCAACGGGUGGGAGGAGAGGCUGACGGAAGACGGGAGGGUGUAUUACGCAAAUCAUUCUACAUCGCAAACUCAAUGGAUUCAUCCAAAAACUGGUGCCCGGAAGUAUGUCCCCAAAGAGUUGCCUUACGGAUGGACUAAACAAGUCGACGAAGAUGGGACGGUAAUAUUUUUCCAGGAAUCAACUGGAAAGAAAACUCACACGGACCCGAGAUUAGCUUUUUCACGAGAAACAAAGCAAUCUGUGUAUGAUUUUAAACAAAGAUUCGAUGCAUCCUCCACUGCAUUUCAAGUUUUAAAUGGAGUAGAUCUUACUGGGAAGAGAGCACUUAUAACUGGAGCUACAUGUGGAAUAGGUUUGGAAACGGCAAAAUCGUUGGCGAAACAUGGUUGCGAAGUGAUCUUGGCGUGUAGAAGUUCGAGUAGAGCUAAUGAAGCAAUUGAAGAAAUAAAAGCCAUAAAAGCAACAGCAAUUGUUGAGUUUGUAAAAUUAGAUUUAGAGUCGUUAACAAGCGUUAAGACCUGUGCCAAUGAAGUCCUCAUCAAGUUUAGAACUUUGGACUACUUAAUUUGUAACGCUGGAGUAUUUGGAGCUCCAUUUAAAUUGACGGAAGAUAACUAUGAAAGAACAUUUCAAGUCAACGUCUUGUCACAUUUUUAUUUAAUUCUGCUAUGCAAACCGCUGCUAAUUUCAACAAAAGGUUCAAGAAUUAUUAUUUUGAGUUCAGAAUCGCACAGAUCGUCUUUGAUGACACCUGAAAAUAUUUGUGAAGAAUAUCUUUCUCCUCGUGUGGCAUCAAAUUUCGUGGCAUUCUUGGCAUAUGGAGAUACAAAGUUGUGUGACGCAAUUCUUGCAACUGAGAUUGACAGGCGAUGGGGUCACGAGGGAAUUAUAUGUAAUUCUGUACAUCCUGGAAACAUGAUAAGCACCGAAAUUAGUAGAAAUUGGUGGUUUUAUCGACUUUUGUUUUUCAUCGUCCGUCCAUUCACAAAAUCAUUGCAACAAGGGGCAGCCACAACCGUUUGGGGUGCAACGGCUGAAGAACUAAACGAUGUUAGCGGACAAUAUCUCAACAAUUGUUGGCUAUGUGCGCCUACAGAAAAAGUGACUAAUCGAGACAUGGGAGAAUCCUUGUGGUCAAUGUCGAUUGCAAUGAUUGAACGAGUCAUGGGAGUCCUUCCUGCAAAUAAUAAGUAAAAAUACACAUUUUAUAGGUUAUUUAUGAGAAUAAACUUGAUUUUCUUCUAUUACA